AUGUUCAGCGGCACUAUUCCAAGCGGCAAUGAGGGGGCAUUGGCACUGCAGAGAAAAUGUGGAACACCGCAAGGAAGCGAUUAUCGAGUUUCUGUCUUUGUAACAUAUGAAAUUGUGUGGAACUUGUCAACUAGGUGUAGCUGGCGACGCUGGUCACGAGUACUCGUAGUCCGUAAACGAUGUCCUCCUGGGUUCCUGGCAUGCGAGAAAAUCUUGCCCACGGAGUUCUUGAGAUGCCGAUUGCGGGAUAUUGGCGAAGAAUUACCAGUGGGAAAGAGCGACGUAACCAAUGUUGCCACAUGCACAGAGAUCAAGAAGGCAACACCCAGCGCGGUGACGGUCACCGAAGGAUUUGUUGCACGGAAACGAAGGAAGAUACUUAUGGGACUAUUCGAGACGAAAUACUUAUCCGCUUCUCAACUCAAAGGAUUUGAUUCAUACAAGUACUCCUGUGUUGACACCAGUCCUAUUUCUAAAUACAUAUCGCAUCCGUUCUGGAAUUGGCUCGUAACUUUCUAUCCUCGAACAUGGGCACCAAACGUUCUCACUCUUCUCGGGUGGUCCCUCGUGAUGGCAUGCUUCCUGGUUGAGUCCGUGCUUGAUUAUGAUCUUACCGCAAACAGCGUUGGAUCGGAGCAGCCUAUUCCUGAUUGGUUCUGGAUGUUCGCUGCAAUUUGUACGUGGCUAGGAUACACUUUAGAUGGGACUGACGGCAAGCAAGCAAGACGUAUCGGAGCCUCUGGGCCAACAGGAGAAUUAUUUGAUCAUGGUCUUGAUUCUUGGUCUACAGUGCCAUUUACAAUCACGAUUUUUUCAGUUUUUGGUAGAGGAGAGUACAGUGUCUCUCCUAUACAUUUGCUGAGCGUUCUCAUAAGCGUACAAAUUGUUUUCAUCGUCACUCACUGGGAGAAGUACAAUACUGGGAUUCUUUUCCUUUCAUGGGGAUAUGAUGCAAGUCAGUAUACGCUAGUCUUUGUCUAUCUGUUUACUUAUUUUGUGGGUUACAAAUGGUACAAAUUCUAUGUCUUCGGUGAAGUGACUCUAGCAGUCGUCUUCGAAGCCACUUUUUAUUUUUGUUGCGUUGGAUCGUUGAUCAUGUCAGCAUACAAUAUGUGGUACUCAUACGCAGUUGAAAACACUUUCAAGCAGCCAUCUAUUUAUGAAGCCUCUCGUCCUAUAAUCCCGUCUUUCAUACUGUUUGCUAUUUCCUUAGCCUGGGCUGCAUAUUCUCCAACAGACGUUUGCGGGAAAGAUCCUCGGAUAUUCUUCUUCGCAAUGGGGACAGUUUUUAGCAAUAUCGCGUGUCGUCUUAUAAUCGCACAAAUGUCGAACCACCGCUGUGAAGUCAUGAACUUACUUCUAGCAGUGUACGCAUCAUCCGCAGGGUUCUCAUUUUUUAUGCCAAGCAUGGAACUGAUCAUUCUUCGUUUGAUGUGUUUGCUUGUGGUAGUAGCUCACGUACACUACGGCGUAUGCGUGGUCCGGCAAUUGUGCGCUCAUUUCAAAAUCCAUGCUCUGGAUGUUUCCUACUUGCAAAAACGACCAUAA